AUGAGUGACGCUGAAGAGUUUGACGAAGACUUUGCCGAAUUUGAAGAGGGUGAUCGUCUCGCCAGUCUUCUGAGCCUCUGCCCGCGCUAUGUUGUCGUCCCUGCCAACCCACCAGAUGGCAUCGCGUUUGCCAUGACGGGGCAAUGCCAGGAGUGGGAACACUUGACGUACCAGCAUUCUGGCAUCUCAAACUGCAAGCCCGGCAUCUGGAAGGCAGAAGUCAGGAAUAUUCCCGGAGCGGAGCUGGGAAAUGCCGACAUGGAAGCGUGUCUUCGGUGGGUGGCAGACUUGGACGAGAACACCGAGCUCGAUUUUGCCGUCUCGCUUGACGAGUGGCAGGCCUGGGAGCAAAUGUUCAAAGACCAGUUUGACGAUGCUGUCGGGUGGGAUGAUGGUGUGGCGUGGAAGCACGGCGGGACUUAUUACGACGAUGGCGGGGUUUUCAAUGUCAUUUCCACGACAUAUCUCACAAGCGAAGCAGCAGCCGUCGUAACGGAAGGUGAAUUUACCGAAGAUGAUGGGUAUGACGGAUAUCUCGAGAUGAUUACACUCAACGACAAUCCCAUGAACGCGGAAGAUCGUAUGAGAAACUAUGGCUUCACUUUUGGAGGACUCCAUUUUGGCCAAGACAGUAUCGGCGGGCCACCUGCCAUCGCCCUGGCUGAAAAGGACGGCCAAGUGGUCGCGAUUAAGCUUUGGUGCGAUGAUGACGAGAUUGAAGAGGACACUCCGUUUGACAAGCAGCCUGGCAAGCUUGUCUUUUAAACGGUGAUAUGGUGUGGCGUGGAGUUUGCAGCGCUUUAUUCUUUGCAAUGUUUUUUUUUUUACGAAUUUCCUUUUUUACGGGCAAAUCGGUUGAAGAAAGUGGAGGAUUUUUAAAUGAUACAACUAUGCAACGCUUUCAAAUCUUCAAAUGCUAUUAUACACAG